CAGCUGCCUGUGGAGAGAGACAUCAACCAGCAGCUGAUGAUGAGGAGGAUGAUGGAAACACAAACAGGAACUGAACCAAUGUGAAGGAUGCUGCCGCUUCUGUGACACAAACCAAGCAGCGUUUUUUUUGUUUUGUUUUUAUUUUAUCUUUAUUUCUCAUUUAUCCUUGUCAGCGCCAGCCUCACCUGCCGUGGAUGAUUUUCUCGAUGGGUUGUGGGGGGAGUCGGGCGGACGCGAUCAUCGAGCCGAGGUACCAUGAGAGCUGGACCAGAGAAACGGAAUCAACCUGGCUCACUAACACGGACGUAGAAACCCCUGCCUCUGUGGCAAACAGUAAAGCUGUAGAUUCCAGCAUGAAGGAGAAGAGAAUGGUGACCACAGGAACCCAAUGUGGGAAGCAGGCCAUCACUACCAAUGGCUCCAACCACCAGAGGAGACCAAGGCGCUCAUUAACUGAUGUACAGUGCUGUGAAAAACAAAAUAAUCGUGACUCCAAAAGGAGAGCAUCGAAGGAGGCUAGCGCCUUGUCCAAGGACAGCCAGGCUGAUGGAGAUCCUGAGCCGGAGAGCGCCUGCGAUGAAAGAUGAAAGAAAAGCUACAACACUGUGAAGAGGCUAAAUGGCUGGGCUGCAAAAAAAAAAAAAAAAAAACUUGCAAAAGUGUCCAGAUGAUCUUUGCUUGUGGCUUUGCGCAGCUCUGGACCCUGAAGGCGGCGUCUCCCCUAACAGGGUGCCUGCUUAUGUUUCCACCCAAAGACCUCAAAAUGCUGCAUUAUUGUUGCAUGUGUGAGGAAGAGAGUGGGAACCAAAUGCCAUGCUUUUCCUCCAUACUCGUUAGUACCAGUCAGGGAAUGUGUCACUGUGUUAAGAGAGAUUUAAGUUAAAAAAAAAUAUAUAUCUUUACACAAUUGAGAGAUUGCCCCAUAUGCACACGAUAAUCUCAAUCUGCACAUCAAAUGUGCAUGUGUCGGGGCUUCCUGAAGAAUUUGCUUUAGUUCUUUGUGCAAAUAUACUCAUUUUUUGUUGUUAGAGUUUGUUGUUUGAGAUCAGUCAGUAAAGUGAGUGAUUUUUAUAUAAAAAAAAAAACUAUAACCCUAAAGUGCUGUUUAGAAGCUGAGAUUGAAAUGUCUGAAGCUUGGAGGCUAAAGACUGUCUUUUCCAGCCUUUGCAAGAAAAGAAAAAAAUCACACACCUGCAUGUGCCUACAAUUCCUCUUGAUUUUAUCAGAACUGUUGAAUUUCUUGUAUUUAUUCUGCAAGAUGUGUUUUUCUUUUUUGUCUCUAUUUUGUGUUCAGUGGUAAAUGUUAUAAUUUAUGACAAUGCAGUCUUACUGCAGUGUUGGGGUUCAUUUUGAUCUGCAUGUAUAAAUCUGUCUCGUACUGGCAAGCCAUGUAAAAUUAAAGUAUUUUAGAUAACCAGAACUCAUGAAAUAAACUCAGGAGGUCUACGAUGAUGCGGUAAAUGGGUAUCCAAACUGAUGAUCAGCAGAUGGCGAUGUUGAAUGGCUAUUGCUUCAGGAGGCUUAAGAACCAAAUGGAGGCUGGUCUGUUCAGCUCUGUUUGAAUGUAAAAAAGGACAAUCUGUUGUUUAUGAGUUUAGCCAGACUUGAAAAUGAUACCUUGUUCUACUUAAGAGUUUUAGUUUUUGACUCAGUCACACUUGUCUUUCAAAACAAAGUCAUUAAUUUAAUACACAGCACAGUGUUCUGCAUUCUUGUUUUCAUUAAAUUGGUGCUGGCUAUUAAAGUUGUGUCACUUUUUCAGAAGUCACAAAGCUAAACACAUAGUUUUCAGAUUUUUUUUUUUUUUAGCAUAAUUUAAAUGAAUACGAUUUAGAAGAAAUAAAUU